CGCGCGCUAUAGGCGUCUGCGCUUGGAGAUGGACGAGCAACGCAACAAGAGGGUCCGCUGCUGGUCGGCAACGGCGAGCCAGCGCGAUAGCGGCUCGGAGUGCGUGCCACUGCUGUCGUCGGGCUGCUCGCGCGCCGUCGGCGAGCCGGACUCCAGGUCGCCAACGCGCUCUGACUUUGCUCGCAGGCCAAGCUGCGCCGUCGUCGGACACUACAGCGCGAUCUCGGCCACAGCGUCGCCGUCGCCUGCCCGCGAGGCGCUGCCCGGAGCUCAUCUACCUGCGCGCCUCGAGCACGCUGCCCAGCAGCGCUGCCAAGUCCGCGAGGCCCAGCUGGCAUUGUCGCGCUUCUUGCUCGCGGAGCGCUCCGGCCGGUCGGCUGCUCGCACGAACGUGCCCGGACAGCUUUUAGAAGCCGAGGCGGCGCGGACGGCCAAGGCCUGCCUUCUCGACGGCUUCUUCGGCGACUCGUUGCCGGCGCUGCCGAGCAUCAUCGCCGAGGACGUCAAGCCGAAGCAAAGCUCCCUAGUCACGAUCUUCUCGGUGUGGAACACGAUUCUCGGCUCGUCGAUGCUGACGAUGCCUUGGGGCAUCCACAUGGCCGGCUUUCUGCCCGCGAUAGCGCUUAUUCUGGCGAUGAGUGGUCUCUGCCUCUUCACCGCUUACAAGCUGCUCCAAAUUCACAAGUACCACGGCGGUGGCGAGAGGAUCGAGGUGAUGGAGCUGAGCAAGUACUUCCUCGGCUCGUGGGCCGAGCACUUGGCCAACGUCUUCAGCAUCAGCGUUCUGCUGGGCGCCAGCGUCGCUUACUGGAUCCUCAUGUCUAACUUCCUCUACAAUUCGGUGAAUUUCCUUUACGACACGUUCGCCCACGCGCCUGUGGCAGCGCUGCCCUACAACGAAAGCCGCGCAGAGCUGCUCUGCCCGAGGGAGGAGGCGGCGAACGGCACGAUCAACUUGGACAACUCGUACGACAGCUUGGGACCGGCCUGGGACCUCUACCGAACAGUGCCCAUCUUCUUGGGCUUUCUGGUCUUUCCCAUUCUCAAUUUCAACACCACCACCUUCUUUACCAAGUUCAACUCUCUAGGCACGGUCUCAAUAGUCUACCUGCUGGCAUUCGUGGUCGUCAAGUCGUCCUCGUGGGGCCUCAACAUGAACAAGGCGUCCUGGACGGACAGCUGGGUGCUGCGCUCCACCUUUCCGGCCCUCACCGGCAUGCUGUCUCUGUCCUUCUUCAUCCACAACAUCAUCAUCACCAUCAUGCAGAGCAAUCGCGAUCAGCGCAAAAAUGGACGCGACCUGACGAUAGCCUACGUUUUAGUGACCAGCACCUACAUCGUCGUGGGGAUCGUCUUCUACGUGUGCUUCCCACUGGCCAAAAGGUGCAUCGAGGACAACCUGCUCAACAACUUCCAGAAGAGCGACGGUCUGACAGUGGGCGCUCGGGUGUUGCUGCUCUUCCAGCUGUUCACAGUUUACCCGCUAAUAGCCUUCAUGCUAAGGAAGCAGCUACUAGCCUCGUUCGUCAAGUCGCGCGAGUGCCGCCAGAGCGCCGUGCUCCUUGUCAACCUGCUGAUUGUCGCGAUCUGCGUGCUAUUCGCGCUGUUCCUCCCCCACGUAGGCACUAUCGUCAGGUACACUGGUGCCAUCAGCGGACUUGUCUAUGUGUUCAUGUUGCCCAGCCUCCUGCACCUCGUGGUCUCGCGCAGACAAGGUACCAUCACCGUUCACCAGGUGUUUUGGCACACUUGCGUCCCUGUCGUCGGCAUCGUCAAUCUCGUUAGCCAGUUCUUCGUACGAGCCCAUUGACGCUUCAAUGGUCGACACGCACCUUCCAUUUCCACAACGGUUGCCAGCGGGAAAAUCUGUCGAGUGAUACUUCCUCGUUUUCUCUACUGCCAAGAAUUCUUUUACCAAUCAAUAAGUAUAGUUUUAUCGUUUUAUUUAUACAAGUAUUAU